AUUAUCCUCCAUAAUUUACGGCUAAUGGAUUAUGACAUAUGACAGAUAAUGUUGACAGAUCAUUGAACAUUUUCAAUUAACAUUGUCAAUGUAAUGGAUAUUUACAGAUGUUUCUAUUAUUAAUAAAUGAAAAUUGAAAUCAAUGGAUAAACUUGCGCUGACGGAUGUUAACUUUAUAACUACAAGCUUAUUCUUAAUAUAACAUGAAUUGUGUAAUAUAUCAGUAAGUUAAUCUUAAGAGGAUAUAUUGCUGUAAUUUAAUUGUAUUUUAUUGCUAAUGUUACAAGACAUACGAAUGUUAUAAACAUUUACAAAUGGAUUGGUCCACAAGUUAUUCUAACACCAGCGAAGGGCCCGUUCCGCAACAAAAUGAUGUGACAUGAAUUAUGUACGUUGCCCGAUACUGAAAGACUAAACAUGAACAACACAAGCAGCCCCACGCCUGCAGAGGCCAUGAAUUGCAAUAUGUCCAACAUGACAAACCCCUUCUUCUGCAUGAGUAUUACAGAGAUCCUAGAGAUAACAGCGCCGCAGAUUAUCCUUAUUGAUCGGAUUGUCUCCCCUAUAUGGUACAUCAUUGGCCUUAUCGGGAAUCCAAUAUCAGCCGUUAUUUGGCUUUCAAGGAAAAUAUGCAAGACCAAUUCAUCUGCUGUGUAUUUCGGUUCUCUUGCGAUAGUGGAGACAAUUUACUUAGUAUUACAUUUCAUACAAGAACUGGAGUUUGCCUGGGGUGUAAAGACAUACGGCGGAAAAACAACAUGUGAACUCUUCAACUUCCUGUAUAUUACACCACAAUAUCUGGUUCCUAUGCUGGUUCUUGGCUUCACAACAGAACGUUACAUAGCAGUGUGUCACCCAUUUGUCAAGGAGAAGUACUGCACAGUAACUCGUGCAAAAAUAGUUAUAAUAUGUAUGUCUGCGCUUUCAGUAGCUAUUGCGCUCUUACAGAUAUACAUUUGGGCUUGGGAUGAUAAGAUUGGAUGUGUAUUCAGGCCAGACACUGAAAAGUUCAACGAAGUGUGGACUUGGUUCACAGAAAUGUUGUUAUUUGGUUUUAUUCCAGUUUCUUGCCUCGUUAUAAACAUCCUUGUCAUUCUUGAGAUCAGACGCUUGUCUGUUCAGAGUGCUGCGCAUGGGCAAGGCCAGACUUCCGGUAAUGCAGCGUCUACAACGACAUUACUUUGUGUUUCAUUUUAUUUCAUAUGUACCUUACUGCCAGCGACAAUAGUCUAUGCUAUACAGCCAAGUGUACCGCAGGGCGACGUCAGUUUGCCAGUUCACACGUGGUCUGAUGACCCAGUUUGGAGCGGUUAUUUUUCUUACUUAACUAUUAGAAAAAUUGUUGAAGAAAUAUGUUUGUCCAACUACGCCACAUAUUUUAUAAUAUACUAUGCUACUGGCGUGUAUUUUAGACGGGAAUUCAGGAGCCUUUUUGGACUCAAGAAAAAGAGAAAAUCUAAAGGCGUUAGCAGCCGUGGUAUGCUGUCAGACUACAGCAUUGUUCAAUCGAACGGGAGAAAUACUUCAUGUACAGAGACAAUGUUGGUUGAUUCUCCUAGUGACACGUGAUGUUUUCCAAAGGCCACGUGCUGAUUGAAAACAUGUUCCCUAAGCGACACAUGUUUUUUUGGAAAAUCAUUCUCCGAGCGACGAGUGUUCUAUAAAAUAUAUUACUUUAGCCUCACGUGACAAGUACAAGUAUAUUCUCUGCACGUGUUGAUUAAAAUUGUAUUUUAGUGAAAUAUAUUUAGAAGUAGAUCAACUGGAAAUUAUGGUCAGAUUCGCAGCCCAAUUAAAUGGCAGUUACGAAUGGAAACUUGUAUAUAUUUAGAAUUUUGUUAUUGCCAAUGAUCGCAUAUACAUUUUACAAUAUGCUCUUAUUGUAUGAGGGAAUUUUCAUAAAGCCUAACUGCAGCUAGUCUGUUGCAUAAUCACCAUUAAUGAACUUAUAGAUACAUAUCACGUAAUAUAUUUUCUCAUUCUGUAACAUAGUCAGUAAAAUGUCAGUAAAAUGGCAUUUACUUAUGUGCAAUAAUCAGUUCACGAUCAUCCAUUAAAAAAUCUCAGUUUUGAAUUCUUGUUCGAAAAAAAGAUAAAACCAAGAAGUCAAGGUGAAGACUUUUAGUACUAUAUCUGAUCAUUCAAAGUUACAUACACACCCUUUGGUAUGUCAACAACAGUACAUAGGGUUCAAGAAAGCAUUUGUAAAUAAGUAGUACGUAAAUACGUAAGUAUUAAUAAUACCUAAGUAUGUCAUGUCCUCUAGUCCAGUUGUCUAAAUUCCUGUGUUGUCUGGAAAGUUUUUGUCAAGCAACUUUUCACAACCUUGUCAUAUUGUCAUUAGGCACCAAAUACAUUUUACCUAAAACUGCUACAUAUGUGUUUAAUGCAUGUUUUAAUUGCUUUUGCUUAAUUAUUUCUUUAACAGUUACCGCCAAAGUUCUUGCGCUACAAGAAUUAUACCAGUGAAUUCUGUACUGACGAACUUUCACCGGUGUUUUUCCGGGGUAAACAGCAUCUUCUUUACCACAUAGUCAUUUAUGUCAUUUACGCCAAUGUUUUUAUAAACGAUGUUAUUUGCCUGUUAAAUGUUAUAUAAUACUAACCUAGUCAUCUCUAAGUAGCAUUUUUUUCUGUUCUCUUGCGAAAUAUCUACUAAUUUUGAUUAAAUUAAUCCUGCGAAGCAAGUUUGAAUGUUCACCCGAAAAAUCCAUCCAUACACUAAUAUAC